GUUUAGUCGUCUCAAGAAUUUUACAGAAAAACUCCGAAAUACUUACGAACCCAUUGUCCAGAGAUUGAGCGCAAGAAUGAGUGAAGUAUUGAUGGAAAUUGAUUUACCAAAUGAUUGCUUGUCAUCAUUGGUUAAGAUUAUGUCUGGCAUUAGAGAUAACAAAGAGUGGGCCCUCCCGUUAAUGAGUCCCGAUGAACCAGAUUUAACCCCAUUUCAGGGACAGUACUGUUGGAUGGGUGUCCCCGACAUUAUAAUCACUGACCGGGCAUAUGACGAGUUGUCUCAAGUUGUCGAUAUAAACGCAUUGAAUAACCAGUCGGACAUGAACAUGGUGAAUUCAAUGAAAAAUGCCCAGAAUGUAACACCCAGGUUCUCCGCUGCACAUAUUACACGACAAUAUAUUAAAGACUUGGUUUCCAUUAAUUUGUUUGCCAAGACAUUUACCACUCAUAUGCCAAUGGGUUUAUGUAUUCCCAGCACCUGUAAGGCCCAGGAUAUAGAGUUGGUUAUAAACAAGGCAUUUUAUCCAAUAACACAAUUUCCGGUUAUCAUAAGUCCUGACUGCGACUAUCAGGAUAAACCCAUUAAAUUCAAUGGCUAUCAAUUGACUUCAAUGUGA